AUGGGGAAGAUUGGGAAUAUUAUUCAUGGGUUAAAGCCUCCAAUGUUAAUGGUGGUGAGUCAGGUAAUGUUUGCUGGGGUUAAUGUCAUGUAUAAAUUUGCAGCGAAUGAUGGGAUGAACUUGAGGAUUAUCAUCGCUUACAGAUUCAUAUUUGCCACAGCCGUCAUGGUUCCUCUUGCUCUUAUUCUUGAAAGGAAAAGCUUGGGAGAAAUCAAUGGAAUGGUACUAUUUUAUGCAUUCCUUUGUGGGUUAUUUGGGGGAGCACUAGGUCAAAACUUGUACCUGCAAAGCUUGGUGUAUACAUCUGCAACAUUUGUUUCUGCCAUGAUCAACCUGGCUCCAGCCAUUACUUUUAUUUUGGCCAUUUUGUUUAAGUUGGAGAAACUGGGGCUAGGAACAGUCGCUGGGAAGGCAAAGGUGUUGGGGACAUUACUAGGAAUAGGCGGAGCAAUGGUCUUCACAUUUUACAAAGGGGUAGAAAUCAACAUCUGGUCUACACAUGUAAACCUUUUGCACCAUCAUCAGCAAUCGACAGGAAGCCCUGGACCUUCAUCAAAUGAUCCUGGCAGAUUCAUUCUGGGUGCAUUCUUGGGCCUUUUGAGUUGCAUUUCAUUCGCUUUGUGGUUGAUCAUUCAGGCUAAGAUGAACGCGAGAUUCCCUUAUCUUAAUUCAAGCACUGCUUUAAUGUGCAUAAUGGGAUCAAUACAGGGUACUAUAGUUGCCCUUUGCACAGAAAGAGAUUGGAGUCAAUGGAAACUAGGCUGGAAUAUUAGGCUUUUAAGUGUAGCUUUCGCGGGAAUCAUGGGCUCUGCUUUGAUGGUCUUCUUGGUCUCUUGGGGCAUUCGCUUGAGAGGUCCCCUGUAUGCCUCUAUUUUCAAUCCUUUGGGGCUUGUAUUUGUUGCCAUAGCAGGAUCUCUUAUACUGGAUGAAAAGCUGCACUUGGGAAGUAUACUAGGAGGAAUGCUGAUUGUGUGUGGACUUUAUGUGGUGCUGUGGGGCAAAGCCAGAGAGAUGAAGCAGAAUACUCGAUUAGUACCAACAACUAAUGAAUCUGAAGGAACACAAGAAGUUGAUCAAAUGGAGAACAAGGAAAGAGCAGAAGCAUUUCCCCAUAAUAUUACCAUUCAGCCUUGAGCAAAAUGUCCUUUUCAUGAGGCCAACUUCCUUUUACCAGUAGUAGCUAGAAGUUACACAGAUUUUGGAGUAGUUGUUGCAGAAGACUCUCCAAAGCUUCGUUGUUACUUUGUUAAUAAUAUUUCAUUUUUUUUAUUCAUGAUGUAAAAUAUUCAAUUUUUUUAUUCAUAUUUUUUUUGAAUUUGU